AUGCCUUCCAUCUACAUUCGUCCCGCUUCAACAGCCACAGAUGACGGACUCCGUCUACUUCAAAACUUCGACAGUCAGCUGCCCUGGCUAUCUUCGAUUGGCAGCAGCGCGCAAUGGGGUGGCUCUUCAAGAAGUGAGCAAGAAGACCAGCGGGCAAAGUAUCGGAGUAAAGUCGAAAGCAGCGAGCGAGGCUGGAACAAUCCAUGGAGUCGAGACUGGGUCAGAGCCUAUAUCGCCGAGGUUGAGAUGAAACGAGAGGACCUAUCGUCCGAAUUACUCGAGCUCGCUAUCGAAAGUCCAAACGACGCCGUUCGACUCCCAGUUGCCGGCAUGAUUCUCCAAGGCCAGUCAGCUGAAUACGCCCGGGAUAUUUUACCAGAAAACGACGACAAUGAUCCCUUCAUCUACCUGUUGUACCUAUUGAGCGACAGAAGAACAGCGCCAUAUGGCAAAGGUGCAGGAGCGGCGUUGAUCUCUCACGCGAAGGAUGAAGCGCGGAAUCUUGGUCUUAGGCGUAUUUGCCUUGAUUGUUGGAGAGGGAACGAUAAUAAGCUUGUACAUUAUUAUGAGAAACAAGGAUUUAGAGUGAUAGGUAAUUUUGAUGCCGACAAUUGGCCGGGCGCGGUGAUGGAGAUGCGUCUCUAG